AAGCACAUCUGUCAGAUUAUGUAAAUCAUGAGGUUAUAUGGGGAGGCAGAGGAGGAAAAUGAUUUCUUUUCUUCAACGACUGCUACUUCUGCCUAUGAGACUUUCCUCCUGAAUGUGGUUGAAGCACUCAGAGAUUCUUUCCCACCAUCUGACAAAUCUUUGAGUAGAUUGCUUGGUGACGCUCCUUAUCUCCCAAAGUCUGUAUUGAAAUUGUUGGAGUGCUUGUGUUGCCCUGGACCCUGUGAGAAAUCUGAAAAGGAGGUGCAAAGUGGAGAUCGAGUGACUCAAGGCCUCAGUGCUGUGUGGAGCCUGAUUUUGCUGCGGCCCAAUAUUCGAGAUGUCUGCUUGAAAAUUGCUUUGCAGAGUGCAGUUAACUGCCUGGAGGAAGUUCGCAUGAAAGCAAUUCGAUUGGUUGCAAAUAAGCUUUAUCCUUUACCAGCUAUUGCACAACAAAUAGAAGAUUUUGCAAAGGACAUGUUAUUUUCUACCGUAAAGGGUGGUAUUACAGAAAGAACAGAUGCUGUGGCAUUAGUAACUCGAUCACAAAUGGAUAUUGACUCAGAAAAACCAACAAACGAACAUCAGGCAGGGGGAAUGGUUGGUAAAGACAGCUCCUCAGACACAGAUCAAUCGUGCAUGUCUGAAAGUGCGUCGUCCUCAAUUUCUGAGGCCCAACGGUGCAUGUCAUUAUAUUUUGCACUUUGUACAAAGAAGCAUUAUCUUUUCCGCGAAGUAUUUAUUAUAUAUAAAAGUGCAUCAAAGUCAGUUAAGCAGGCAAUCCAUCGUCACAUUCCAAUACUGGUUCGUACUAUGGGAUCAUCAUCCGAGCUUCUUGAAAUUAUUUCAGACCCACCAAGUGGAAGUGAGAACCUUCUGAUGCAGGUUCUUCAUACACUGACUGAUGGGACUGUUCCUUCUCCUGAGUUAGUAUCUAACGUUAGGAGGCUAUUUGAUGCAAAAUUUAAGGAUGUAGAAAUUCUGUUUCCAAUAUUACCGUUCCUACCCAGAGAUGAGGUUUUACUAAUUUUCCCCCAGCUUGUGAAUCUUCCCCUUGAUAAGUUUCAAUUGGCACUUCCUCGAUUAUUGCAGCCAUAUCUCUUUAGAGGAAAAUAUUCAAAUUCUCCCCAGUUCCAAGUUUUGGGCCAGUGUUUUCUGGCAUCAUCUCAUUCUGGUCAAGGGCUCUCGCCAGCUGAAGUGUUAAUAGCCAUCCAUGCAAUUGAUCCUGAUAGAGAUGCAAUUCCCCUCAAGAAGGUCACAGAUGCAUGCAAUGCAUGUUUUGAACAGAGGCAGAUAUUUACCCAACAAGUUCUUGCUAAGGUCUUGAACCAAUUGGUUGAGCAGAUUCCUCUUCCUUUGUUGUUCAUGCGAACUGUAUUACAAGCUAUCGGUGCCUUUCCAUCAUUGGUAGAAUUUAUCAUGGAGAUCUUGUCUCGUCUUGUUAGCAAGCAGAUAUGGAAAUACCCAAAGUUGUGGGUUGGGUUUUUGAAAUGUGCACAGUUGACAAAGCCUCAGUCAUUUGGUGUGUUGCUUCAGCUACCUCCUCCACAGCUGGAAAAUGCAUUGAAUAGAGUAGCGUCCUCAAGGCUCCUUUGGUUGCUCAUGCUAGCCAGUCGAACAUACGGUCUUCACUUCCAAGGUCUGUUCUGGUAGUUCUGGGUAUUGCUCCCGAUUCUCAAACUUCAAAUCAGGCACAGUCAAGUCAGGCACAGACAGGCGAUAUAGCUGACUCCAAUAAUGAUGUGGUAACAGAUAAAUCUAAAGAAUCAUCUACUGCUAGCUGAUGCCUCAACAAAUCUUAUGCUUUAUGGAGAUGUGCUGAGGCUCCUAAUGCGUUGAUGGCUUAGCAAUCGGAAUCACUGGUCUUGAGACCCAGGACAUAUGUGCAACAUUUUUGGCCAUGUAAAUGUGAGGAAUUACAAUUUAAGGAUGGCCCUAUGUUGUACUGACAGAUAAAUCUGGAUGCCAUGGUGCUGGAAUCUAGAUCCCCGUUACAGGAGGAUUCACUUACAGAAUUUAAAAUGUGAAAUAUAGGUGAUUUUAAUUUUUGUAAGUAAAUAUUGUAGUUGUAAGUUCCAUGUACCAGUAGGAUUCGUCUAGGAUGUGCCAAGCAACUACAGGUGAUGUACAUUUUUUUUUUUUAUAAAGUUGUAUAUUUCGUUUCUUGUCAGCUUCUACAACGUGGUUGGACUGUAAUUGGACAUUUUUCAAUUUGUUUCUAAACAUCAAGUUUUAUAUGUAAUACUGUAGUUUUGGAUCUGAGUGGAGAUGAUUUUUUGGGUAAAGCAGGUUUGAUUGGCA